CGUAAGUCACGUGAAAAUAAAAAAAUAAUAAACUUCACUCGGAACUGUCAGUGAGCUCACGUGUGGAUUUAAAAGUAGUCCUAUUUUUUAAAACGCACAUUUAAGUGGAAAGUGAGUGAACAUAUGAUUGUGUUUGUUUGACAUUUUGAGUGCCAAUACGGACAGUAUAGAUGUUUGUAUGUAAGAACGUGAUGUUUGACAACACGUCGGCCACAAUCCGCCCGGCAAUCAAUCGGAAAAGAGAAGAUCCCGGAGAUUUGUACUGAAACCUGAAUAGAGUAGUGAGAACAAGAAUUUAAUACCAGUGUGUGAGCAAAAUGCGUAUAGUGUGUUGUGUGGACAGUGCGUUAGUGUUUGUGUGUUGUGCCUGUGUCUGAGGGGGGCCAAUGCGAAGGCGGCGCGGGAAGGGGGCGGGGCGAGGUGUGCGGUGACUGCCCGCUGCACCAUGCGACCGCCGCUGCCGCUGCUGCUGCUCGCCGCGUGCGCCGCUUGCACCGCGCAAAUUGCGUGGACGCCGAUAUUCCUCGACGGCAGCAGUCAAGUGGAUUUGUGGACGCAAUCAUCGUCGGGGUGCGCAUGCCCCGGUGGUGAUGGCGACGACUGUGCGUGCUGCGUGCGCGACGGCGCGUGUCCCUGCGGCGAUGUCGCGCCGACGCGUUGUGCGCAGUGCGGGCUGGAACAGUACUGCGCGAACAUGUGCAACAUCACGAUCGACUCGCGCAUACUCAAAAGCAAGUCUGGCAAGACGUUUGGCCAGAUCAAGUCACCUUCCAUCGAGGGUCCUGGCGCCUGUUCCUACUUCUUGCAGCCAGACGCUGGCCAGAGAGUCGAAAUACAGUUGUACCGACUUGUCUCCGUCGGAAAAUUCAAUGGCUCAAGUUGCGUUGGCGGCUGGUUGCAGUUGGGCAGCGCAAGCGCAGUGCCAGCGGGCGGCGCGGCGGAGACACGACUGUGUGGUGCCAACGAACGAUACACACCACCCGUCGUGCUGUUCGCCGACCACGGCGCUUCUACUUUAGAGUUUAGGAUAACAGAAAAGACUGUGAGGUCACAGUUCCUCGCGUUCUUCAGUUUCACGUCGCUAAGUAAUACCCAAGGCGUUGGGUUUCACCCGAGGGGCGGCUCGCGGAUACCCCACACAGAUUGCGACUGGUUAUACCAAGACGUAUCGUGUCGGGGUUCAGGGACCUGUGUUCUGGCCAGUCCAGGGUACCCUGGCCUCUACCCACCACACCGAAGAUGUCGCUACCUCUUCGCCACAAACUCCGUUCACACACGCGUUAAGAUUAUUUUCACUUCUAUUUUGCUACCAAGAAAUCACUGCACGACGGAUUAUCUGACAUUGCGCGCGGGCAGCUCGCCAUCUGCAUCUCUACUUGGUACUCUCUGCUCCGAGCGCACAGCGACACUCGAGCAUCCUGGACCAAAUCUCCUGCUGGAAUUUAAUUCCGGGCCAUUAGUACCGCCGUACGACUACAAUGGAUUUAUAGCCAAGCUGGAGUUUAUUGAGAGGAUCGACAGCAGUGGAGCCCCGCCCACUGUGGUGCCGGCCUCGCCGCCCUUAGCUGCGCUUACUCAUCACAUACAGCACGCGGAUAGAAUACCAGUAGAUAGUAGUGGAAUGACAAAUGAAUUGAAUGGGGGAAGCAACGCGAGGGUGGGAUGCGGCGCCACGAUCCGGGGCUACGGGCCGGGCGGCGCCAGGUCCGGCCAUUUCGACUCCCGGGCCGGACCAUGGCGCUCCCAGUGUGUCAUACAUCUACUUGGAGCGCCCACCGACGUCGUCCAAGUAUCACUAUUUAAUUAUAAUUUAAGGUUACAAAGCUGUCGAUCUCAUAUUGAGAUUUUAGAGGGUCUUCACGAAUUUGGUGGAAGAGGGGAAAGAGAUAGAUCCGAGCGUGGGGAUCGAGCUCUUCUCAGGGUAUGUGGACCAGUCGUGAGGGAGGCCAGGGAUCCCGCCGGCCGGUUCCUAAUACGUCAGGCUGUGACGUCUAAAGGUGCUAACUUAACAAUCCUGGUGCGACGAGCGACUUCACAAUCUCAGGAUGAAGAAGAAUUUGUUGACGGGGCCUUUGCUUUUCAUGAUGAGCAACAUGAAGGAACUGCAUCUCCGGAUGCGACAUGUGCAGCCACACACUAUGGGCUUUCAUCGCCAGCUCAUGGCGGAGUUUCAGCACCUUCACAUCAUCACAUUUUCUGGAACAUCGAAGAACGACUCCUCUGUACACAUAGGUUCAUACCGGCUGCCAACCAGAGCGUUACUAUUGAGAUCCAACGUCUGGAGCGUAUGUGGAGUGCAGAGCCGACGGGCACGGCAGGUGCUGGGGGGUGUCGCACGGCGUGCGGUGACGCCGGCUGCGAGUGUCGGUCCAACACUCCACUCUACUACCACGACCAUGUUGCCCUGGUAGCUGGCGACGGCACACAUCUAUCUUGCCUCUGUGGAGACUUCCAGGCGGCGUGGUUACCGGUCGUGGUGCGGAGUUGGACGAGUGUUCGGUUGGAGUAUUCCGUGGCACAUUACACAUAUGCAAGCCGCGGUUUUGAUUACGCGGCCGCAUAUAGUUUCAACGAUGAUGCCAUGUGCGGUCAACGCACGUACACCACUCACUCCGGUGAAAUAUCGUCCAGGAACGUGUCGGUUACGGGUAGUCUGAACGAGUUUUUCUAUCAACAAUGCACUUGGGUAUUAGACUCCAACGUAGAGCGGCAGUUGUUCAUUGACAUCACGUCUGAACAGGACAAGUCGUGCGGGUCGUGGAACAUCACGUUGCACGAGUGGUCGGGGCCGGGCGGUGGUACGCAGGACUCGGGACUGGCCGCUGCCGCUGGGGACCUUUUGUACACAUUCUGUGCCAGGCACAAGAAUCACACGUACACCCUACCCUGGCGGCUCAACACUGUCGUCAUUAGGUUAGUAGCAUUAUCUCGUCAGCAGCCGCUGUACACAAUAAGAUGGCGGUCCCAAGUGGUGCGUGCUAACACGCGCCUGGGGCCCCCGACACCAGCACCAGCUGCGUCAGCCGCUGCCAAUAGCAUCAUCAUCACUAGACUCCUUUUAUACCUGCUUUGCUUACCACUUCUAAGACUUUGAAACUACGCUAAGACUUAAGAACUCUGUGGUUCAACUCAGUGUUAAAAACAUUCGAAAUAGUGACUUGAAAAUCAGUGCUUUAGAAGGUGUGUAAAAAUCAACAAAGUGAGUACUUUUGGAUGUUUUGAUUAUAAGUGCUGUGCUAGAUGAAAGAUUUUGAGACUAUGUGCGUACAUUUCAGAGAAUUUUGGACUUGAGACAGCGAAUAAAGUGACCAUCAUCGUCAAAGUUCUUUGUUUUACUGAUGUGUAAAUGUAAACGAGACGUGAUAAAGUAUCACUUUUUUAUGUGUUUGAAAGAAACUUUUUUCUGUGUGUGAACAGACCUUUAAUUCUUAUUAUUGUACUCAUGUAUUAACAGUUCUAUAAUAUACUUACUAAUCGAAAUAUUUUUUGUAAGAAAAUCCCUCUGACACAGCUAUUGGC